UGUGACUCCAUGUUGUGAGAGGCAUGCGAGGAGACCUCGUCCCGUCAUAAUAACCAUGUGUAAUGUUGCUUUAAGCUAGGAUAUGAAACCUGGACAAGCCGGACGUCGUAAAUGAUCGCCUAUUCCUGUGAUGGCCAAUAAGACAACAUGAACAUGUCGCUGAACAAUUAUAUCUACCAUGAAGAGGCGGGCCUCCUGCCCCGCGCCAAGGGACUGUGCUGCCGACGGAUCUCCAAGGCAAAGGUGCUGGGACUGUUGGUAUUUGUGGGCCUAGCCCUGUUCUUGUUGACCCUCAGCAGUCCUCACUAUGAUAUGAACCAGAAGGUAGAUUCUGGUGCUAGGAGACGAAUACUGCCGAAGGUUACUGAUUAUAUAGACCCAGCUAACAAGGUCAGGCCGGGCAACAGUAUCGGGCUCCACCAUGACAUUCAAAACAACAUUCCAGUUCACAAAAAGACAGAUUUACGUCAAAGAUUACCACAGUGUCUUAUUAUAGGUGUGAAAAAGGCGGGCACAGGUGCAAUGGUUCAGUAUCUGAAACUACACCCAGACAUUGUGAUCGCCGAUAGAGAACUCAACUUCUUUGACUAUGAGCGAAAUUUCAAGCUAGGAUUUGAAUACUAUAAAACAUUAAUGCCACCGUCAUAUGAAGGACAGAUUACCAUGGAAAAAACUUCAAAUUAUUUUCAUAACAAAGACUCAGAAUGGCGUGUGCACAGUAUGAACAGUUCUAUGAAAAUGAUUUUAAUAGUCCGAGAACCUAUAGCUCGUGCAGUUUCAGACUACCUCCAGCGGAAAUUGAAGGAUAAAAACACGAUAGAUUUAACCCCAACUUUUGAAGAGUUAAUAAUUCGACCAAAGAAUGGAAGGAUAAAUGAAGGAUAUCCUGGAAUUCGUCCUUCAUUCUAUUACAAACACAUGCUACGCUGGCUUAAAUACUUUCCUCUUUCACAAAUUCAUAUAGUUGAUGGGGACAAUUUAGUGCGGAAUCCUUUUGAGGAAGUUUAUGCUGUGGAAAGCUUUCUUGGAUUACCUCAUUUGAUAACACAAGAUAGAUUUGUCUUCAGUGACAAGAAAGGCUUCUAUUGCAUGUCUAUGGAUGGUUUUAACGGGACGAGGCAGGAACAGUGUUUAUCGAAAGGUAAAGGGCGUAAGCACCCAGACAUAGACGAGGGAGUAAUGGAAAUGUUAACUGACCUUUUUAGGCCUCUAAAUCAACAGUUUUAUAAGUUGAUUGGCAAAAGUUUGACUGGUAAGAUCAAUGGUUCAUAUAGCUUGAAUACAAAAAUAUAAAAUGUUCUCCAUCAAUUAUUUAUUGUUUGCCUAGCUAAGUAAUGAUAAACUUUUUUUUUUUUUUUUUUUUACAAUGUUGAUUUUUAAUCACACAAGCAAUCCAUUUAAAUACUUUGGAUAUAAAUUUUAAUUUAAUAACCAUACUACAUAUUAUUGUAUUGUUUGUCCGAUUGUAAUAAAUAUCUAAAAACAAAUACUGCCACUUCAGAAAUUUUAAUAUGGUUAUGCAAGUUUUAAUAUAGUUUCAAAAUGCAGGAGCUCCGAGGGGAGGGAUUGGUCACUGCAUAUGGAUCUAGUCAUUAUAUCCUAGCAUUAGAUUUCUGUUCAGGUUACCUCCCUUUAUCCUAGUGCUACUUCUACCUAUACAGGUCCAAUUUACAUGCUAUUAUGUUAUGCAUCAACUUUUGCAAUAAAUUUAGUAAAGUUUUUUAAAUCAAUAAAAAUGAUGUCACCCUUCAGGUGAUGUUUGUUGACACUGCUACAAUGUAGCUACAUAUGUGUUUCUGUAAUUCAUAGUUAGCUGCAGUCAUGAGUUUUGUACAAAUUGUAAGAAAAUAUAUUUUGUCUGUCCAGAUGGAAGUACAAGUAUAGAAUGUCCCUUGAUGUGUGAUGUAGUGAAAAGAUGGUGCCUUUAAAUUUGAAAUGAAAAUAUCUUAAUUUACAAAGUUCAAACAUGAAUGACAGUGAAAUGUUUAAUUUAUUGAAAUCAUUGUCAAAAUUUGUAGAGGAAACAGUACAUUACAUUAUGGAGCAUUUCAUGAGGAUUGAACAUUAUGAUUAUAUGUACAAUUUAUAGGUUGUAGUUCAGUAAAGUUACAUUGAAAUGUUCAUAACUUACUUCAUGAUCAAUUGAGUAGAUGAUGUGUGAAGUAUAAAUACAUGAUAAAUUCAGUAUGUAUACAUGAUCUAUUCAGUAUGUAUACAUGAUCUAUUCAGUAUGUAUACAUGAUAAAUUCAGUAUGUAUACAUGAUCUAUUCAGUAUGUAUACAUGAUAAAUUCAGUAUGUAUACAUGAUCUAUUCAGUAUGUAUACAUGAUCUAUUCAGUAUGUAUACAUGAUCUAUUCAGUAUGUAUACAUGAUCUAUUCAGUAUGUAUACAUGAUCUAUUCAGUAUGUAUACAUGAUCUAUUCAGUAUACAUGAUAUCAAUUCAGUAUACAUGUAUAUGUUUUAAGUUUAUAUAUAUAUGCCUUUAAUUUGAACUUGAUGAAUGUAUGCAUGUAUGUAUUUUGACGUCAAACGAUCAAGAAAAAAUAUCCAGUACUUAUCAUACAUUGUGUGUGCUGGGGUGUGUACUCUUAUUUAAGUUAUUUAACAGUAUAUAUACAUGCAUAUGUCUGCUAAUCAAGCCCACCCAUCAUUUUCAUCUUCAACUUCUUAUAAAUUAUCAUAUCCUGUAUACCUCUGCAAUAAGACCAUGCAUUUAAUUCUCAGAAGUUCACCCCAGUUGUGGCCCCCUGACAUGGGGUCGUUGCAGGAUAUAUUAUUUAUGUAAAUGUGUUUUUUUUUCGAAUGGUUGUGACAGCUUCAAAAGAUGUUGGUCUGGUAAACCUCUAUGAAGAUAAAUGAUACUAUUAUAAUUACUUUGUGGUGUUUUUCCUGCCUAAUUAUAUUCAGUUCAGCAAUAGUAUAAACAGAUGUCCUAUAAUUUAUAAAUACAUGUACAUUUUUGUAUGUCUUAAAUUUAAAAAAAAUAAGAUGCAUCAAUUGUGUAUAUAUGUUUGAAGCAGAAGUACAUCUACAUUUGUAAUUUAACUCUUUACCACCUAAUGACGACAUAUGACGCCCCUGCUAUUUCCCCAAAAGCUAUACUUGGUGAAGCCCUAGAAUGAUUAAUAGCUAACUGAAAAAUUUUAAUUAAUUAAUGAUUUAAAACACUGAGAAGAAAAGGAUUUAUUGUUGAAGAUAUGAUUGUCAUACACCAAAUUAAUCAUGAGAGUCUCCAGAAUUGAAUUUUAGUUUGCAAAUCCAAAAAUAAAGUUUCACUUCAACUCAUAUUUACAGGUAAGUCAGCGAGCCCUACAAAAAGGUGGCAAAUUUGAAAAGUCGUCAUAUGUCGUCAUUAGGGAUACAGGUAGGGGCGUCAGAUGUCGUCAUUAGGUGGUAAAGUAUAGGGAGUGCUAAGUGGUAAAGAGUUAAAAGUAUGCAAGUACAUUUUGUAUCAUUAAUGAACACAUUGCAGUUUAUGUGACAACAAAUUAAAGAUACAACUCAAUUAAAUCAAAAUAUAAUUAAAAUAACAUCUAUAUUGUAGUUCAUGCUAGAUGGCCUUUAUUAUCCUGGUUGUGAUAUCGAUGGGCAUUAAAGG